GAGCCGUCACUUCCGGCCGAGGCGCAGGGCAUUGUGGGAGGUGCUGGUAAUGGCUCAGGUUGGUGGCCGAUCAGUGGCUAUGGGGCAGGACUGCGAUCUUUUCCUGCACCCAGAGCUGCUUUCCAGGGAUUUCCUGCUGUUGUCUCUAGAGCAGAGAAAUAUUUUAGUGGAAGACUCCGUGAGGGACAAGGAGAAAUUAACUGAAAUCUUCGUCCAGCACGCCAUGCCCCUUCCUCAAAGAGCUUUGCCGAAGAGUCGGUGGGGUAAAAUGAUGGAAAGUAAAAAAGGAGAAAAAAAGCACACCCAGCCACAGAAAAGUUUCAGUGCAGAGAGUGGAAGAAAACGACCUCUCAUAGUGUUCGAUGGAAGCUCUACUAACACUAGCAUAAAAGUGAAAAAGACAGAAAAUGGAGACACAGCUCAGACACCUGAUCCCUUGCAUAUGGAAAAAGCAAACAGUACUAUCCUAACAGAACAGCCAACCAGCCCAGUGUCCAAACUUUGUUCUCCUUCUGCCAAAGCAGUCAACACUGGUAACAAUGGACAGCAGGCCAGAAGCCCAGGAACCAAUGCAUCAACAGGCAAAGUAAAAACUGAAACACCUGCAAGUGCUGUAAAAAUAAAAAGAGCUGCUCCAAAGGAGGACCCUGAUGUGACAAGUGACGUAAAACCAACAGAAGCAAAGAAGAAGAUUACGCAUGUUACAUGGCCUUGAUUUUUACUUGGUGAAUCGUGUCUUUUUUUAAAAAAGGACUUUGGGACAGAGCACACUGGGAUGUUUGGAUCUAGUCCCUCUGCUUAGAACCUCACAGAACUGUUGCCAUGCAGUACAAAAUUCAGACUUUUUGAUGGAGGAUCAGAGAAAGUGGUUGGUCGACACAGAGACAUUACAGGACCAGGAACGCGCAUCUUCACAUGGAUCACAUCUUCACAUAUUCAUUUCUUUACAUUUCAGAGCCGUUAAGUAGUCUUUGUGUGACUGUUUGUUCCUGGUGUUUGUGUUCUGGAAAAUUGUACAGAGUAGACCUAUUUUGCGUGUUUAGAAUUCAUUAUAUUAUUUUUGUAUUCUAAAUGGUUUUGGAUUGCUGUGUCAUGUGUAGUCCUUUGAUUAAUUUGGGUUCUUUCAGGACUAUGAUGAUUUAGAGGGGGUAAAAUGCCAUAUUCCUGUAGAAUUGCCUACAGAUCUCAUUGCCAUUGGACAACCUUGUCUUCAAAAGCAGACCUUCUGUCUUUCUACCCAGCAGUGUCUUUUGAUGAACCACCUAGCUUUGGAGCAUUACCACCAUUCUUUUCCAAUUGGAACCACCCUUGGGAUUCUGUCAAGUAGAGAUGAUUUAUUUAACUUUUUAAUAAUGCACUAAUUGAAGAUUUAACUUGUAUUACAGGCUGAACUUGCCAAUUACAGUCAAUGCUUCAAAUUGAAGUUGGCUUUGAUGGGUACUCGUAGAAGGUGGGUUGAGUUGAUUAAAGUAAAUGUUGCAUAGAGGAUUUUAAAUGAGUUGGGAGGUCACUAGAAAACUUGCGAUAUCAGUUUAGGAAGGUUAAAAA